GUCUGUCAAGCUUUGCAGUAAAAUCAAACAAUAAAACAUUUGGUAAAAUAUAGUUUAUUAAAUUCAUAAAUAAUUUCAAAUCAUAAAAUCAGCAAACAUCAAUUCAUCAUAAUAAUAACAAUAUUGUGUAUUCUGCUUCGCAUUAACACUACGUAGUUAGCCACUAAUACUACACAAAUUGUCUUUCCUUGUUUUAAUUUGUUUUUUUUUUUAUUUUUUUAUUUCUAGGUCGGUAGACACCGAGUCGCCGACACGACUCGGGAGUCGUGUGCUAUCUUCACAAGUCAACAUCUCGGUCGUAUCUCGGUUGUACCGUUCCUAUUAUUAAUUUCUUUUCAUUUUUUGCAAAACACUUGAUACUACGUAACGAUUUUUUUAAUAUUUACAUCAUACUUAUUCUACUUAACUUAUACAAAACCCUUAAACUUACAUAUUCUAAUUUGACAAUACAAAAAAAAAGUAAAUUACAAUCUUAAACAUAUAAUUAAUUCAAGUCCUUAAAGUAAAUAAUUAUAUCAAUCAAUCAUAACAAUGUCUGAAGCAAAAAUAUCACAAUUAGUUAAAAGGCGCGGAACAAUAAAAAGUAAAAUCACUAGCUUUUCAAAUUACAUAAAUGUAGUAAAAGAUGAUUCAGUGUUGCCAAAUUCCCCGCUUUUUAACGAAAUUAAAUUACGUCUUGAAAAGAUUGAUGCCUUAUAUGAGGACUUUGAUACUCUUCAGACGGAGAUUGAAGAGCUUACGGAGGAUCCCGACCUGAGAUAUCAGGAGCGGGAGGCCAUCGAGAACCAGUACUACGUCGCGAUCGGCACGGCGAGGGCACUGCUCGAGCCGUCCCCUGCGGCCGCUGCGCUCGCGCUCAACGGUUCUGAGCUCUGGUCAACGUGAUCGACAAGCGUGGAAAAUCGCAUCCAGCCAGAAUCCUGCUAGACAACGGCAGUACGGGUAACUUCGUCACACAAGAUCUCUGUGGCAGACUGAACCUCCCUACCCGCCUAGCUAGUUCAAAGGUAACAGGCAUAAACAACCAAACGUCCAAAAGCACUCAGUCUUGCUCUCUUACAUUAGAGUCUUACAAUGGUCACUAUAGAACCAAUAUUGAUUGCUUCGUUCUUCCACAAAUAACUUCGUUAUUACCAAACACAUACAUAGACAUACACGAUCUAAACAUACCAUCUGGAGUUUGUCUAGCCGAUCCAAACUUCAACGUACCGUCAACCAUCAAUUUACUAGUAGGUGCGGACGUCUUUUGGAGUGUGAUUGGCACAAAUCGCAUCCAGUUAGGUAAAAACAAGCCGGUUCUAUUCGAAACUAAGUUUGGAUGGCUAGUUUCAGGCGCCAUAAGCCAACCGGGUCCUAGUAAUCAUGUGUGUAUGCACAUCAAUAGUAAUCAAGACCAGUCUGAUCUGACCCGCUUCUGGGAGUUGGAUACAAUUCCACCCCAAUACAAACACACACUAGAAGAGCUUCAGUGUGAAAAACACUUUUUAGAAACCACCAGACGAGAUAGUAACGGUCGCUUCAUAGUUUCAAUGCCACUCAAUGACUCACCAGACGUACUUGGGGAGUCAUUAUUUAUUGCAAAACGUAGAUUCUUAUCUCUUGAACUUCGUCUGGAAAGAGAUCCUAGUAUGAAACACUUAUAUUUACAAUUUAUGACUGAAUACUUGGAUCUAGGUCACAUGACCGAAAUAAUACCUAAAUCCAACACUAAGUAUUGUUAUUUACCACAUCAUGGUGUCUAUAAGGAGAGUAGCUCCACUACAAAAUUAAGAGUAGUGUUCGACGCAUCAGCCAAAACGUCGUCCGGUAAGUCAUUGAACGACAUACAACGCGUAGGGCCUACCAUUCAGGAUGAAAUAUUUCCCAUAUUAUUACGUUUCCGUCAACAUCAGUUUGUCGUGUCAGCUGACGUCGAAAAAAUGUAUCGACAAAUCAACAUUACACAAGAUCAACGUCCACUACAAUGUAUAUUGUGGAGAUUCGACCCUUCACAUCCUCUCAAAACAUAUACACUGAACACUGUAACAUAUGGCACAGCUUCAGCUCCAUUUUUAGCCACCAGAUGUUUGUCACAGUUAGGCUAUGACACGACAGACCCUUACGUUAAACGAGCUAUUUGUCAAGAUUUCUAUGUAGAUGAUUUUCUAUCAGGGGCUGACUCUAUUCAAGACACAAUAAAUUUAUGCAAAAAUGUCACUAAUUCAUUAAAUUCAGCUAAAUUUUACUUAAGAAAGUGGCAUUCUAAUAAUGUUGAAAUUUUAAAUGCAGUGUGUGGUCGAGACGCCAGUUCAG